UGUUCUUAUUUUUUUAAUAUUAUCUUUUAUUAAAACUAAAUCAAAACCUUUUUUUACAGUACAGUGCAAUAGAUACAAAUCCAUUGAGCAACUAUGUCAUGCAUCCAUUUUGGAACCAAGUUGUUAAGUUGGUGCCAACGUGGUUAGCACCUAAUGUUUUAACAUUUACUGGAUUCCUUCUCACUCUAUUAAAUGCCAUUCUUCUUGCGGUGUAUGACUACAAUUUUUGUGCUUCCAGUGAUUCUGUUCCAACAUCACUUCCUGUUCCUCAAUGGGUGUGGUUAGUUUGUGCCAUCAAUCAUUUUCUGGCCCAUACAUUAGAUGGCAUUGAUGGCAAGCAUGCUCGUCGGACAAAUUCUUCAGGCCCUUUGGGAGAAAUUAUGGAUCAUGGACUUGAUAGUUGGACGGCCUUAUUCAUGCCAACAUGUAUGUAUUCAGUGUUUGGUUGUGGAGAAUAUAGCUGCAGUCCCCUCAGAGUAUUUUUUAUUUUAUGGAGUGUUCACUUGUGCUUUAUAUUUUCUCACUGGGAGAAAUACAAUACUGGAGUACUCUAUCUUCCAUGGGGUUAUGAUAUUUCUCAAAUGGUUUUACUGUUGACAUUUUUAGUUACAUAUUUCAAAUCCUAUAGGUAUUGGAAAUUUACUGUCCCAUUCUUAAAUAUAGGAAGUGGAGAAGUUAUUGAAAUAUUAAUCUAUGGAGGAACAUUUGCUAUGUCAUUGCCAGUGAGCUUGUAUAACAUACACUGUGCUUACAAAAAAGGAGAAUUAAAGCAGAAGUCUUUGUGGGAAGCUAUGAGACCACUGAUGCCUGUAUUUCUGCUUUUUUUAAGCACCUCAAUAUGGGCAGUGUAUUCUCCUACAGAUAUUAUACAUAAUGAUCCAAGAGUGUUCUACUGGUUUGUUGGGACAGUCUUUUCAAAUAUUGCUUGCCGAUUGAUUGUUAGUCAGAUGAGUUCAACAAGGUGUGAAGCUUUCAACUGGUUAUUUUACCCUAUUGGACUAGCAUUAAUUUUUAUUUUUUCAUGUUCUCAUCAAAGUAAAACUGAAGUGUUCAUUGCAUGGGCAUUGUUUAUCUUAUCAGUUGUAGCCCAUAUCCAUUAUGGUGUUUGUGUGGUGCAACAGAUGUGUCGGCAUUUUAGAAUACAUUGCUUUUCAUUGAAGAAAAGUGUAAAAGAUUGAUGAAGCACCAUUCAUGGACUUACAGUUGCACUAUUAUAUAAUUGUACACAUUAGAAAUUUUAUGUGAAGCAAGUGUGAUGGCUCUAGUUUUAAAGGACAUAAAUUUUCCAUUUCAUCUGACAUUCAUGUGAUUAUUUUUUGUUAUAAAUUAUUUUGUUUGCAAGAAUCUUCAGUACUUUUUAUAAAUAAACAAGUGUUUUCCACUUGAUCUAUAUAUAUAUAUAAAUAUAUAUAUAUACACAUUAUAUAUUUUAUUAUUAAUAUUUUUUAAUUUUAGUUUAAAUGUAUGCAUUUAGGCUGCUUAUGAAGCUCAUCACAUGCCAAAAUAUUGAUUAUAACUAAAAAUAUAUCAUUUAGUGUAGCGUAUAUAAUUAUAUAUACAUUAUAUGUAAAUUAUCUACUUUUAAAUCAGAUUGAUUUAUCAUUUGAUAUAGCUAUUUUUACUUUGCUACUUACUAAGAUUUAAGAGUAAUUUUAUUUAUUUUAUGUACCCUCAAAUGUGCAUCUUUGAUUUCUGUAAUGUAAUCCAUCUCUUUAAGGAACAUAAGCUGUAAAUAAUUAUUCUGUAAGAGAAUUCGCAAACUUUCAGUUGCUUCAAGGUGUUAUGUUGAUUGUGAAAUCUUGCAUGGUUUGUGAUAUUUGAAAAGAAAAUUGUGAUUCUAAGUUUUGUCAUGAAAUGCUGUUACUUACUCAACUAGUCUUAAAAAUCUUUGGAUAUGUUUUUGUAAAUAUAUUGAAUUUAAUGUUAGUGAUGAGUGUAAACCUUUGUCUUUUUCACCCCAAGAAACUGUGUUUUAAUCUUGAAGAAAAAGUAUAUUUACUGUGAAUUUAUAAAUUCUUACACAUAUAUGAAAGUGAACAUCCCUUUUCGUUAUAAUUCAUAUGAAUCCAAAGGAUGCAAUAAAAUUUUUAUGAAUGUGCAAAGAAUUAUAUAUGUUCAUUAAAAAUUUUUUUAUCAAUUAUUUUUUAGAAUAAUUAAUAUCUAAAACAUCUGAUGUAUUUUGUGUUGGAAACUGCUUGAUAUUUUUAGUAAUAUGUUGUUUUAUUUGUAAUCAAAUGUAAAUCAGCUUUUCUUUGCAUAAUAAAAUGUUAUUGCAUAAUAUAUUAUUAUGAAUUAAGGAAUUAUUUUUUAAUUUCUGUAAUAGAAAUUUUCUAGAUGUCUGUAUAUCAUAUUUGCUAAUUUCUGUAAUAGACAUACCCUAAAUACACAUAAGUCAUUGUUUUUGCUGUAUUUUCAGAUUUUGAAAAGGCAAUAGUUUAUCAUUAUAUAUAAAAAGUGUUUUAUACUUGUUAUGCAUGUUAUAUAUGCAGUGCAUUUUAAAAAUUAUUAUGUAUAUCGUAUUACAUAAAACUAUAUAUAUAUAUAUAUAUAUCAUGAUGUAUGUAUUUCAGGCAUGUGGCUAAUUAAGUAUGUACUUUGAAAAGGUGAAUCAACUUAAAUAAAUGAUGAAUGUUCAAAUAUUUUCAUUUCGAUCAGGGCUUAAAGCUGAGUUCUUCUUAAUAAUAGUAGCCUAGCAUGUUUUUUUCUUCAUUUUGAUAACAUCUUGCUGUUCCUUGGCAAUUAUGUGUCAUAUAUUAAGAAACAUUUUAUAUUUUAAUACAUAAAGGUUCAAUAUAAAUAUUUAUAUGUUAUUUUUAUACAGUUACUUAAUGUACAAAUCAUUGAAAUAUUUGUAAUUAAUGCAACCUAUGAUUGUUGAACCAAAAAUAUCUAAAGUAAACAAACUUCAUUAAACUUUGUAAUGUAGUGGUAUUUGCAAUAUAUAUUAAUAUAUGUAUGUAUAUUAUCUGUAGCACACUUUAUUGCAUAUGUAAUAUUUAAAACUGUCAUGUAUAAUUUUUUAAUGCUGUAGCUCACAAAUUUUUGUCACUAUAUAUUCUGCAUUUGAUUAAACUAUACUUUCUUUUCUAAGUUAAAGUACCAUACUGAUUAAUGAUUAAUUGGAUGAGUUAAAGCAACAACGAUUAGCAUAAUGUUUAUAAAUUUGCAGAACUAAUUUCAAAGGUUUUGAUAUAGACCUUUCUGCAGCUCAAGAAGGCACUAUAUAUAAAUCUUUAAAAGUAGUCCUGCAAAUUUAUAAAUAUUAUGCUGAUUUUUGUUGCUUUAACUCCUCUGAUUAAUUAUACUUUCUUGUGUUAUUCAUUUAUUUCUCUGUCACAGAAAGUUCAUUCAAUCAGGUUGUAUUUUUUUUUUUUUUUUUAAUAUACACAUAGAUACCAGGUCACAUAAAUUCUUUAUAUGGAAAAAAAAAGUUAAUUGUUUGGAUCUUGUGUAAAGAAACUAAAAUUGUUUGGCUGAAAAAAACAAGAACUGUUUUUUUUAAACCAUUAUCUGGUUCUGAUGGUGAUUACUUUGCAUUUCAAUUAAUGUUGAUAUAAGUGAGAUCUAAUUGCUGUAUAAUGAAUGCAGCUGUUAUAUAAUUUUCCAAAUGAAUUAAAAUCAUUCAAGAUUGGGAGGUAUUGAUGAGAAAGUAUGCCAAAUAAAUGGGGUUGUUUUUUCCUAUGUCAAAAAGUUAUGUUUAGUGAUAAGUCUGAAUUUGAAAUGUUUAAUUUAGUUAUUGAAAUUUUUUAUGUUAAAUUUAUUAUUAUUUUGUAUUAAAUGAGAAAUUAUUUUUAUAUGUAAAAUUUGGCUUUUGUUUCAAUUAAGUGUGUAGCAAAAUAUCUAAUCAUUAUUUAUUAAAGCCUUUUAUUCGCAUAAAGAUAUUUAAUGACUCAUCUCUCUUUUAUUUAUUUGCUUCUCCUCCCCAAAACAAUAAUGAGACUAAUUUUCCUUUCUGCUAGUUUGUUUAACCUAUAACUUGCUUGUUAUGUAUAUUGUAUAUUAUUUUGGCCAUUGUUCUUGUUCUGAGGAGAGAAAAUUUCUGUUGUUUUAGAAAAGGACUUGCAGUAUUUUAAGUGUAUAUAUAAAGGGGAACUUCCUUCUGCAGACAUUUGUGAACUUGCGAUAAAGGUAUCGUAACUUUUCAGGUAGUGCAUUCCUUCCCACAAAAAGAUAAUGUAACUGUCCUGAUAAAUAAUAGGCAACUUAAUUUUAAGUUUAAAAGGAUGUAUAUAUCUCGUAAUAAUGAUUUGGUUCUUAUUGAACUGAAUCAAAGUUAAAUAAUCUUUUAAUUCUUUUUUGGGGGAACGCAUAUCUGUGCUAUUUAAAAUACUCCAGUAAGGUGUCUAGCUGAGUAAAAGAAGUGGCAAGAAAACUUAUUUGCUGUUGAAUAUUUUGCAUAUACAAUAAAAUUCUGUGAUUUAA